AAGUUAAAUAAACGCCGCGGCGCGACUCGUGUUGCACACAGUGUGCAGCGGCGCUGAGGGACAGGGGACGGAACGAGACGAACAGAACCGAACCGAACCUGCGAGGCAAGAAGACGCUUCUAGAGAAUGACGUCCAUUUGUCCAAGAUGCGAUAAGACUGUGUUUUUCGCUGAGAAAGUGAGCUCUCUGGGGAAGAACUGGCACCGUUUCUGUCUGAAAUGUGAACGAUGUAGUAAGAUUCUGUCUCCUGGAGGCCAUGCAGAGCAUGAUGGAUUGCCUUACUGUCAUAAGCCCUGCUAUGGAACUCUCUUUGGACCUAAAGGUGUAAAUAUUGGAGGGGCAGGGUCUUACAUAUAUGACACACCUCCUCCGACACCGGUCAGCAAAUCAAGUGACAGCCCUUUAGACGGAUCGCCCACCACACCUUGGACCAACUCACAGAUCAGCUUUAAUCAACCUAAAGCUUCUACUGCACCUACACGCAUGUUUGCUGGAGAGACUUAUCUGUGUCCCGGCUGUGGAAAAGCAGUUUAUUUCGCUGAGAAGGUGAUGUCACUGGGUCGCAACUGGCAUAGGCCUUGUCUUCGCUGUGUGAGGUGCAAGAAAACGCUGACACCUGGUGGCCAUGCAGAGCAUGAGGGCAACCCAUACUGCCAUGUGCCCUGCUACGGCUACCUUUUUGGACCAAAAGGUGUGAACAUUGGAAAGGUGGGCUGUUACAUUUACGAAAAAGAAAAUGCAGAGAAUGAAAUGCCAAGUGAACAUUAAGUCUCAAAGGAAAAUCUCUUUUUUUUUUUUUAUUUGUUACAGAAAUAUUUUUUACAUAUGAAUCAAAUUGUAAGGUGUAAAGAUUUAUUUUCACGUAGUCAGAAUAUUCACGUCAUUGCAUAUUGCAUGUAGGCCACUGGCAUCUUAAAAAAAAAAAAAAAAAGAAAGAAAAAGACAAACA